CAUGUAGGUUCGCUGCUCCUCGUUAAUUUUGCCAUUGGGUGGUUCUGUCAUGUAUUACACACGCACUUCAAUUCACAUACAUAGCAAUAACAACACUCAUUUAACAUAACAUGACCUCACACUCACAGCAUACCCACAACCUUCACAUCACUCAUUGCAUCACAUAACAAAACAUGCGUCAAGAGAGAGAGAGAGAGAGAGAGAGAGAGAGAGAGAGAGACCAACAGCAGGAAAAAGUGUGAGUUUUCCUUCAACAGAAGCAAUGCCGCGACUAAGGAGCUAAAAAUAAAAGUAAACACGCAAUCGCAGUAUCAGUGCUUGUUAGGAAAACUUUCUAAUACGAAAAUUACGCUGUAUUACCUCAAACUCCGAUAACUCUAACGUGUUCCUAGUGAUUGGUUUUCACUGUGCAAUGACGAACCGUUUUCUUUGUUUAUCAGUGGCUGGAGUAUUGUGUGUGUUGGUACUGUGUUAUUAUCAGAAAGACGGGAUAUUUCCAUCCACUCCAUUAGCUUCACCACCACCUUCACAAAUACGUGCCAUCAGACCUGCAUGUCGCUCCCUGUUCAUGAUUACCGCUCCCUCACCUAGAGCUAUCAAUACCACUUCCCUCCCCGGCAGUGUAGAUUUACGACGAGCACCACACCUGAUAGCUCCAAGACUAGGUGGCUUCCAGGACUCCCCACAUAUUGCAAGUGCUACUGUCCAGAAGACAGUGAAAAAUCGCCAGUCCUUCGGAAGAAUAUCAACAUCAGAUUAUGAAAAUCUAGCCAAGUUACUCCCUAGGCUGUUGUUUUCUGGUAACGUCAGUAAACUCGAGGAGGAAAUGACACGCCAGAUUGUUAAUAAAGAUGAAACCAAAACGAGCCAGUAUCACAAAAAAAUUAAAAUAAAACUCCCAUCUCCUUUUCUUCUGGGUGGAAGCAGGAUAGAGGCAGCGGGUGGAGUGUUGCCAUACGUGCCUUGCCUUAUCGCCUCGUAUUCCGACCCUACAAACUUCUACACCUGUGCCAAGAGGAGAUUACAAAAUGGGUCGCCACUGUGGCUAUAUUUCAUGGGCGACUCUAAGAUUAGAGACCUUUUUGAUGAGUUUCUGACACUCACAGAUCCAGCUUGUAACUACAUCGUCAGCUACUGGAACCUAAGUAACCCGUGGCCUGCGGUAAGGAAGAACCUCUUCUUCCUGCGGUGGAGCGACAUGGAGGCCACCACACCGGCGCUGCUUGGCAUGCGUGUCACCUAUACUUUCAGAAAAUUUUACUCUAUGGAGCCAUCCAGACUGAACGACACACAAGAAAUUACUCAACUUCGUCUGUGGGCUUCGGGAGGAGAGCCCCCGCCCAAUCUGCUGGUGAUUGGAUACUCCACUUGGAUGAUGCUCUGGCACAAAAACGCAAACAAAUUAGGUAUUCUGGAUUUCCUGGACGGACUGCGGCAGAUGCACUCGUUAGUUAUGCCGCUACUGCAGAAGAUCAGCCAGCGGACUCGGGUCCUGGUGCUGUGUCAAAGUCGCUUCCGUCCUUACUCUGAUGCGUCGCUCAAACAACGAGGUGCUCUCACUCCAGCUAACUUUGACUGGAGUGAAGCUACCGCACUAUACUUUCUACGCCACGGAGCCGAAGUCAACCCUUACGCUACUAUUGUUCAAUCUGCACUCCUGCUUGACAAUUUAAACUCUACGUCCUCCCAUUCCGAUGUGUGGUGGUGGGACUCCGGCCUCCCACUUAACCUCGCCGCUCAUCAGGAAUGUGAGGAGCUCCAUCGCCUGAAGUUGACUGACCAUCCAGUAUAUAGGGACUCCUUCUUGUCUUGUAACGACCCUCACCACGCGGGCAGACUAGCCAACACGGAUUUGGUGGUGAUGUUACUAAAUAUGAUAUGUAACUCCGUGCUGCAGCUGGACCAACGUCAUUGCUGUUCCUGACAACUCUGCUGGUUACUACCUUAUGGAAAUAUUUGCACCGCAGUCAUUUGUCGGUAUUCAGAAGCCAGUGUUACAAUGGGAUAUUCAAUCUAUCACUCAUUAGGACGCCAACUCUUAGCUCAAAGGAUGCACAGCUCCCCAUCCCUAGUCUGCUGAUCACCAAUUAUGCGAUACUAGUUGUCACCACUAUUCCGAUGUGUGGUGAGAAGUGCGAAGUUUCAGAUGCAGAGGAAUGUACAGUGUAUUGUUGUUAUUAUUUUGUAAUAAAACUGUUGAAGAAAAUCCCAUCUAACAAUUACAUUUAUUUUCUUUUUUUCAGUACAAAGAUAAUAUUUCCAUUUGUAACAAUCUUUGUCUCAUACAGUGGCACUUGUGUUGGCUUGAUGGACCUACAUCUGGCCGACUGAUUUCCUCUUAAACAUAAGUUGGCUUGAGAACAUCCCACAUGCGUGGCCAAGGUGACAAUGCCGUGUUAGGACCGCAGCCAGUCAUUAAAUGUAUCGAAAUUAAAGAGCUCUGAGAACUGUAUUAUGUAGGUCCAUCACCCAACUAUGUAAGAUUGAUCUUUCUGUAAAAUAAAUGUGUACUAUUUAUUAA